AAGCGAGCCAGCAGUUUGACAGCAUAGAGUUCGAUCCGUAAAGAGCUUUAACUGCAGCGCCCCACACUUCUCACUCAGCUUCAGCUUUCUUCCUCGAUUCCCUCAACCUGCCCUCCACCUUGCUGAACAUCCUCCUCGCCUCCUCUGCGAAUCCCCUCGAACCCCCUCGAAACCCCCCGGAUCCCCUGUACCGCAACCAUGGACGGCAAGAUCCUCGCAGCUUCGAGCAAGCACACCAAGCCCGUUGACCGCGUCUUCCAAUAUGGCACCGCAGGUUUCCGCAUGAAGGCCAACCUCCUCGACAGUGUGGUCUUCCGCGUAGGUCUCGUCGCUGCUCUCCGAUCCCGCAAACUCGGUGGCCAGACAAUUGGUGUGAUGAUCACAGCCUCGCACAACCCACCUGAAGACAAUGGCGUCAAGCUCGUGGACCCAAUGGGCGAGAUGCUGGAGAACAGCUGGGAGGCAUAUUCGACCGAGCUUGCGAACGCGAGGGAUGAGGACUUGCUGAAGGUCUACAAGAGCUUGGAAGAGAAGCUGAAGAUUAAUGGCGAGACAACGGCCAGAGUCAUUUAUGCGAGGGAUACGAGAGCUUCGGGGCCUGCGCUGGUGCGGGCUCUGGUGGAUGCUUUAGAUGCUACGGGAACAGAAUACACGGACUACAAGCUGCUGACGACUCCCCAAUUGCACUACUUGACGAGAUGCACGAAUACGGAGGGCACACCGCAGAGUUAUGGAGAUGUCAGUGAGAAAGGAUACUAUGAGAAGCUUAGUGAGGCAUUUGUGCGGGCCAUGAAGGGUAAGAAAACCGUCGGUGCUGUAACAGUGGAUUGUGCCAAUGGAGUUGGUGGGCCCAAGUUGCAUGAGUUGGUGAAGUAUCUGAAGAAGGGUUCAGAGGGUGGUGUGGAUAUCAAAAUCAUCAAUGAUGAUGUCCUGAAAGCCGAAUCCUUGAAUCAUGAGUGCGGGGCCGAUUUCGUCAAGACGAAGCAACGAGCACCACCAACCUCCAAGGCUGGCAACAACGAGCGUUGCUGCUCCCUCGAUGGCGAUGCCGACCGAAUCAUCUACUAUUUCAACGACCCUGAGCAUGGUUUCCGUCUUCUAGACGGUGACAAGAUCGCCACGCUUGCAGCAUCCUUCAUCGGGGACCUGGCUCGAGAAGCACGCCUCGCAGAAGAGCUGAAAAUUGGCGUCGUACAAACCGCCUACGCCAACGGAGCCUCUACAAAAUACGUCGAGAAAUCCCUCGGCCUACCGGUGGUCUGCACACCGACUGGAGUCAAAUGGCUGCACCACGCCGCAACAAAGUUCGACGUUGGAGUUUAUUUCGAAGCCAACGGCCACGGAACCGUCGUCUUCUCGCCACAGGCACUAAAGGCGUUCCACACCAAGGAGCCAGAAUCGCCAGCCCAAGCAGCUGCCCUCAACACCCUCCGUGCAUUAGCAGAUCUCAUUAAUCAAACCGUCGGCGAUGCACUCUCUGAUAUGCUGCUCGUCGAAACUAUACUCGCGCACAAGGCUUGGACACCGAGGGAAUGGGACCUGACCUACGUCGAUCUACCAAACCGUCUCGUCCGCGUGGAGGUCAAAAACAGAAAUUUGUUUAAGACUACCGAUGCCGAGAGGAAACUCGUCGAGCCGCAAGGACUGCAAGAGCAGAUUGAUGCCCUGGUUAGCAAAGUUCGAGACGGUAGGAGCUUCGCCAGAGCAUCAGGUACGGAAGAUGCAGUGAGAGUUUAUGCUGAGGCUGUCACGAGAGGGGAGGCUGAUGACCUGGCGAGCAAGGUUGCGGGAUUGUGUAGGCAGGAAGGGGUUGGUUCUUGAGGAUUGGGUGAGGAUACGAGAAAUGACUUGAUGGCGGAGUUUUGAUUUGGGAGUAAGAGGGGAAGGCAUAGGGUUAUAUUAGGAAAAGUUCUCUAUUUUAGUCUCCUUUUCGCGUUAUCAAUUCUUUGCUUGUUCUAGGUUCUAGUAAAUUUUGAGGAAGUACGAGCGGAGUAAGUCAAGUGACAUCCCGCUUCGUGCCCACUCACAGUAGCUGCAUAUUGUAUCCGCACCCAAUGAUGAUGUCAACAGACUACCCAAAUUCGUGACGCGCUCAUAAUCCAAGAUGUAAGAAAUUAGAUUUCUCCUCCCUUAUCCCACCUCAAAUAUUCCUUUUUGAACCUUCUCAUUCACUUUCUUCCUCUCAUCUCCUGUACGACUAAUGCGCACCUCAUUCCUUCCAACCCGCAACCGACGAAUAAUCUUUACUUGUAACGGCGGGCAAUCCC